GAAAAGACCAAACAUUUGGACGUGUAUAGAAGCAGAACAGACGACAUUUUGGAAAGAGGAAAGGGAAGGGUGUUUUUAUCCAAUUAGGCUUGGUAGUUUAAAUGGUGUCCGUCUAAGAAAAGAAAUAUGAAUCAAACUCGGAACUCAUGCAGUCAGAAAGAAGCUUUACCACUGAGCCGAUAGCAUACGCAAGGUCCAUAUAUCACUGACCACCACACAUGUAUUCCAACAAUACAGGUUUCAUCCUCAUUGAAGGUAGUAACAAUUGGUCCAUGCAGUUAUGGAAAACCAACAAACAGUCGUGGUAUAAUGCUUGAAAUUUUAACUGGUGGCUUCUUGGUACUUAAGGUUUUAUCCUCAUUCAAGGAAGUAACAACUGGUCCAGUUAUGGAAAACCACCACAUAGUCGUGGUAUAGUCUAUAGAGUAUGGUUUUCAAAGAUACAGUAGACAAGAGAAAGAAAAGAGGAUUAAUUGUAUACGGUAAUGAUAUAAAGACCUAGACCCUCCAGACCAUGGACCCAGCAAGUACAACAUAUAAAGUACAUCAGUGCUCUAAGUGUCCAGAGGACACAGAGUACUAUUGUGAAUCAUGUCCAUGUGAUCUGUGUCAAAAGUGUAAAGAAAACCAUGUGAAAAACCUCACAACAAUAGACCAUUAUGUUGUGUCACAUUAUGAGAAAUUCAACAACAUCCCAACACAAGAGAUUUGUGUGAGACAUCGUAGCCAUGUUUAUAUAAAGUACUGUGAACCUUGUCAAGUUCCUGUGUGUUAUUCUUGUUUUGGACAUAAAUCUCACAGAUUCCCUGUUUCUCUCUUUCGACAAAGUAAGCACAAGAUUCUAAGCUUACGAGGAGCUUAUAAAACAAAGCAACAACAUAGAGGAACCAUUCACACCAUCAGAAGUGAGGCUCUCUUUUACAGACCUGUUCUCCUGCCACGAAUCACAGAUGACAUCAAAACCUGUCGCACAGAAUUCUCCCGCUAUCAAUCAGAGAUGUUAACAAAGGCCCAGACACUGAAGAAGCUCAUUAACUAUGUGGUAUAUGAUCUAUUGAAUAAUGUGUUAUGUGACUUUAAUUUCAAACACAGAUGUUUAAAACAGAAGAUGGAAACAAACAGAUAUAUUGUCAGCCUACAGAGAUAUGUACGCAUGUAUGAACAGUCAACAUUCAGUGCGCUACAAUUCCUCUCCUCCAUAAAGACAGCCCUCCCCCAGAUACAUCUUACACUCCACACCAGCCAGCUCUCCAUGACUGAGUCACUCAACAAGGAGGACGUGAUGGAGUCACUGAGUGCAAUCCAAAUCACAGAGAGAGGAAACCGACGCGUAGGAAACCAGUGUCUGCUGAAACUGACGUCUGGUGCUGAGUUCCAUCAAUCUCUCACACUGACAGGUGUUCAUGGUUGUUAUCACAUUUCCUGUGUGACAUCAGACCGGGUCUGGGUCAGUGAUUGGGAUAGCAAUCUCAUGUUGACAGACACAACAGGUGUCCCUCUACAUCGUGUGGAGGAUUCAUGGAGUGGUUUAUAUAGGUAUGGAUUACACACAGUGAACAGUGAGAGUGAAUUGAUUUACAUAAAUAGGAAUUAUAACAUUAAGAAACGAUCAAAGGAUAUGAAAACAACCAAAACAUUGAUAAAGAAAAAAAUAUUCUCUAAAUGGAGACCACGGUGUGUGUACUGGUCCCCGUCCACUGGGGAUCUACUGGUCGGGAUGUAUAGAAUGAAAACAUGGAUAGGCAAGGUAACCCGGUACAACCAGAGUGGACAACUCACACAAACCAUACAGAAAAACAACACAGGACGGGGACUGUAUAGACAUCCUAACUAUAUAACAGAGAACAACAAUGGGGAUGUCGUGGUGUCUGACUAUCACUUGUCUGGUGCUGUAGUGGUGACAGAGCGUGGAGGAAGACAUCGUUUCUCCUACACAGGACAUCCAUCAGGAUCACGACUAGAGCCACGUGGAAUCUGUACUGACGCGCUGUCACACAUCCUGGUGUGUGAUGAUACAACCAAAACAGUACAGAUGAUAGACGAGGACGGUCAGUUCCUGUCACAUCUACUGAUAAGACCAUCAGGGAUAUUCUCACCAUACAGCCUGAGUUAUGAUGUCAACACUCACCGUCUCUGGGUCGGAUCACAGGACAACAAGACGGUGGUUAUAUACAGGUAUAUCACCAGAAAGGACGCUCUGACAGACACUGCUGAUAAACUCCACACCAGCCAGCUCUCCAUGACUGAGUCACUCAACAAGGAGGAUGUGAUGGAGUCACUGAGUGCAAUCCAAAUCACAGAGAGAGGAAACCGACGCGUAGGAAACCAGUGUCUGCUGAAACUGACGUCUGGUGCUGAGUUCCAUCAAUCUCUCACACUGACAGGUGUUCGUGGUUGUCAUCACAUUUCCUGUGUGACUUCAGACCGGGUCUGGGUCAGUGAUUGGAGAAACAAUCUCAUGUUGACAGACACAACAGGUGUCCCUCUACAUCGUGUGAAGGAUUCAUGUCGUGGUGAUAUAUUAACUGGUAAUGGAGGAUUCCACACAGUGAACAGUGAGAGUGAACUGAUUUAUAUAGAUUGGAAAAAUAACAUCAACAAACUGUUAAAGGAUAUGAAAACAACCACCACAUUUAUAGAGACAACAGACUCUACAUGGGAACCACUGUGUGUGUACUGGUCCCCGUCCACUGGGGAUCUACUGGUCGGGAUGUAUAACUAUAGGACAGAGACAGGCAAGGUAACCCGGUACAACCAUAGUGGAAAACUCACACAGACCAUACAGAACGACAAUACAGAUCUGGGACUGUAUAGAAAGCCUAACUAUAUAACAGAGAACAACAAUGGGGAUGUCGUGGUGUCUGAUGAUGAUGAUGCUGUAGUGGUGACAGAGCGUGGAGGAAGACAUCGUUUCUCCUACACAGGACCUCCAUCAGGAUCAGGACUACGGCCACGUGGAAUCUGUACUGACCCGCUGUCACACAUCCUGGUGUGUGAUUAUAGAACCAACACAGUACAGAUGUUGGACAAGGACGGUCAGUUCCUGUCACAUCUACUGACAAAAUCACAAGAGAUGGGUGUACCAUACAGCCUGAGUUAUGAUGUCAACACUCACCGUCUCUGGGUAGGAUCACAGGACAACAAGGUGUGUGUCUACAGUUAUAUAGACACACAGGACGCUCUGACAGAUGAGGAAACACACUCCUCUGGUAUGGAGGCCAUGUUUAGCUCCAGUGAUGGGGAGGCCAUGCUAAGCUCAACACCAGCCGUAGAAUGGAGAUAGCUUGGAUAUUGACAGAUACCAGAAAACUAUAUCAAGUAUCAGCGAGAAACAACAUAAUUCAUUUGACUGGUUUCCUAUAGACCGUGGACUGGUAGAAAUUGGUGUCAACAUGAUGAACUCACCAUAAACCUCUCUCAAACAGUGACUGUCAUGGGUUGGAUCGUCUAUCGACCCUUGAUGGGAAUGGACAUAUUAACUAUGGACUUUCUUUAUUGUGGAAUUUACGUUAAGUGGGUACAUGGACAUAUCUCUCUUGUGCAUCAAGUACAUUUGGUAAAGAAUACAAACAGUGAAGUGAAUAACAUUUAUUUAAACAUCUGAAAAUAAAGAGGUCAUUUACUAUCGUCAUAGGAACUUGAUACAUGCCACAUACUGUACAUGUACAUGUAUAUGUACAUCACUUGAAUUCGUUGAUAAAAGAUCAUAAAGAUGAAAAGAUAUGUAAGUUUACUGUGUAUUUUUUGUAAUGAUACAUAUAACCAAUAGCCGACUAAUGAUUUUAUAGUGAUACAUAAACCAAUAACCGACUAAUGAUUUUAUAAUGAUACAUAAAACCAAUAGCCGACUAAUGGUUUUAUAAUGAUACAUAAACCAAUAACUGACUAAUGGUUUUAUAAUGAUACAUAAACCAAUAACCGACUAAUGAUUUUAUAAUGAUACAUAAAACCAAUAGCCGACUAAUGGUUUUAUAAUGAUACAUAAAACCAAUAACUGACUAAUGAUAUUAUAAUGAUACAUAAAACCAAUAACCGACUAAUGAUAUUUUAAUGAUACAUAAACCAAUAACUGACUAAUGAUUUUAUAAUGAUACAUAAACCAAUAACCGACUAAUGAUAUUUUAAUGAUACAUAAACCAAUUACCGACUAAUGAUAUUAUAAUGAUACAUAAACCAAUAACUGACUAAUGAUUUUAUAAUGAUACAUAAACCAAUAACCGACUAAUGAUAUUUUAAUGAUACAUAAAACCAAUAACCGACUAAUGAUAUUUUAAUGAUACAUAAACCAAUAACUGACUAAUGAUUUUAUAAUGAUACAUAAACCAAUAACUGACUAAUGAUAUUUUAAUGAUACAUAAAACCAUUUACCGACUAAUGAUAUUAUAAUGAUACAUAAAACCAAUAACCGACUAAUGAUAUUAUAAUGAUACAUAAAACCAAUAACCGACUAAUGAUAUUUUAAUGAUACAUAAAACCAAUAACUGAUUAAUGAUUUUAUAAUGAUACAAAAACCAAUAACCGACUAAUGAUUUUAUAAUGAUACUUAAAACCAAUAACUGACUAAUGAUUUUAUAAUGAUACUUAAAACCAAUAACCGACUAAUGAUUUUAUCUCCUCUGUACAUCAUUAUUGCUGAGUGUGUUUUUGAUUCAGUUGUUAAGAGUGCUUGUGUUUUUGAUGUUUUACCCUGGUUUCUUUUUCCUCAGAAAUAAAGAAUGACUUAUCUUGA